CGCGGAUUGCAUUUCGAAGCGCGACCCUUUUCGCUCUAAAUCUUCGAGCCUUUCUUGGCCACUUUCUCUCUCUCUCCUCCCGAUUCCAUUUCCAUUAUCUUUUCAACUCUGCUUAGCUUCUAUCACCAUCGACCUCUCUUCUCUCUGCAAUUUUUGAUCUGGUGGUUACUUUCUCUCGCUGGCACUGCGCUCGCCUUCUACGGAUCGUGCUGUAUCGGAUGAUUUAUGGACUGGAAACAUGCUGAGAACUGCAGAAGGAUUGCUGUCACUUCCUGUGAAGCGCAAGGCAUCGAGUGAGCCUUUUAACUCUCUCUCACAGCAGGCUUCAUUGCAUAAUAAGCGAGUUGCACAGAUGGAACCUCGAUCAUGGUUGCAACAAGUAUCUGGAUUAGCCAAAAGACCUCCUUUACAAAUACCAAAGAAUGUCCCAGCUCCCACAUCGAUGCAUUUCCCUGCAGGAACUAAGAGAAAGGUACAGCAAAUAGAAUCACAUCCAACUAAAGUUGUACAUCAACGUUCCACUGCUCCCAAAUGCCAGAGUGCUCCACUGACUCCAACUUCCAAAAUGCAAAAUGAGCCGACUGGGUCUGUGAGAUCAAAGAUGAGGGAAUCCUUGGCUGCUGCAUUAGCCUUGGUAUCGCAGCAGCAAAACAAAUCUUCUAAUGAUGAAAAAAAUCCUUUAACUGAGGCUGAGAAGUCUGCAACUCAAAUGCAGGAAAAUGCUUUAGCGUCUGAUCCAGCUAUUAUUGUUCAUGUAUCUGAUGACUCAAAGAAAAUCUUUUCCGAGAAGUUAGAUUCUGUUGGUCUUGAAGAUAAUGUAGGAAGGAUGUUAGAUAAGAAUUUGCUGUGUGUAAAUGAUAGCGAUUUAGAGUCAUUAGGAUAUGAUGGACGAGUCUUUCAACCAAAUAAUAUUUUGUCUUAUGAAGAUAUUUCUUUUGGGGAUAACUUUUUUAUUAAAGACGAUCUUUUACAAGAAAAUUCUCUCUCUUGGGUACUGGAAGCUGAUGUAGGGCUAGCUGAUAAAAAGGAAAUCAGAACUGAUGAACUUCAGAAGAUUGAUGUUGGUAUAGCAAAUCAAAACCAAGGAUCAAAACCAGUACAGAGUCCUGAGUCUUUGGCAUUUAAAAUGGAAGAAGAAUUAUUUAAAUUAUUUAGUGGUGUUAAUAAAAAGUACAAGGAGAAAGGAAGAUCCCUUUUGUUCAACCUGAAAGACAGAAAUAAUCCCGAGCUGAGAGAAAGGGUUAUGAAUGGGGAAAUUACCCCAGAAAGAUUAUGUUCCAUGACUGCCGAGGAACUUGCAUCUAAGGAGCUUUCUGAGUGGAGAAUGGCCAAGGCUGAAGAACUUGCACAAAUGGUAGUUUUACCCAACUCAGAAGUUGAUAUCAGACGUUUGGUAAGGAAGACGCAUAAAGGUGAGUUUCAAGUAGAAGUUGAAGAAUACGAUAAUGCCUCUAUCGAUGUUUCAUCUGGGGUUUCUACGUUUUCUCAGAGUCAACGUAAUAAGAAUGAGACUGUAGGUGGAUCACCUGAUGAACCUGAUACAAUUAUGGACGAGUGGAAUAUUUCUGGCCAGAAAAAUGGUGCAUCUGACAAGGAUGAGUACACCUUUACAAUUGCAUCGACUGAAGGGUCUGAAUUAUUGUCACUGCCUCCGAUCUCCUCCAUAGAUGAGUUUAUGGAAUCCUUUGAUACAGAGCCACCUUUCAAUAUUUUAUCUGAAGAUACUGGUAAAUCGUCUCCUAUUUUGGAGAAGGGUGAGCCAGAGCCUGGCUCUCAGUUGAAGGCUGCAGCUCAUUCUAUGGAAGGCGCAACUGAUGUUAGUAUAGACAAAAAUGAAAAUAUUGAGUCUUAUACAAAAGCAGACAUUGGCUCGUCUUCUAUUAGCCACAUGGAUUUGACAUCUAGUGAUUGUAAAACUGAUGAGGACUUGAAUGAAAAUCAAGCUGGGUUAAGAACAUCUGACAGGAAUGAUGGUACAGUAUCUGGUGAUAGUAAUGCAAAAUCUGGGACAGAAUCUUUGGCCAGCACAUUUAGUUUAGAAUAUUUAUGGGAUGGCAUCCUCCAGUAUAAUAUUUCGACAAUGACUCCGGUCGUGGGUACCUACAUAAGUGGUGAAAGAACAUCAGCGAAAGAUUGGCCUAGCACUCUUGAGAUCAAAGGAAGAGUUAGAUUGGAUGCAUUUGAGAAGUUCCUUCAAGAGCUUCCAUUAUCUCGUAGUCGAGCCGUUAUGGUUCUUCAUUUGGAUUUAAAGAAAGGUUGCCCGGAAAGCGACCGAGCAAAUCUUCAAGAGGUGGCGGAGUCGUAUGUCGCCGAUGAGCGAGUUGGUAUAGCGGAGCCUGGUUCUGGGGUGGAAUUUUAUUUUUGCUCUCCACACGGACGGAUUCUUGAAAUGGUUGGCAGGAUCCUUCUAAAGGAAAAUAAUGAGUUACUUAAUGCAAUUGAAAAUGGCCUAAUAGGCGUCGUUGUAUGGAGAAAACCUCAAUUAACUUUAAUGUCACCAAACUCAACGUCACUCCACAAACGCAGUUCAAAAAAGCAACAUUUUAGCUCUAGAAGACUGCAGGAGACACCAAACUUGAAAGCUAAUGAUGUUUCCCCUAUGCCUCGAGGCUAUUUUCCCGUCGCUAGCGAUUAUCCUCUGACUGAGGAGGAUGAUGCUGAUGGCGACGAUGAUGUCCCGCCUGGCUUUGGCCCGUCAACUACUCGGGAUGACGACGAUCUUCCUGAGUUUAACUUCUCUGGUUCUGCAAACCCUCCUCCCCAAGGACUGUCUAGGCUGCCCUCAUUUCAGCCAAUAUCCCGAACUUGGUCUCGGCCUGUAGAGAAAAUGCGAGAGAUUGUGCAAAAAUAUGGGCAAAGCGAAAAUGCCUCUAGCGGAAACUGGCAAGAAAGGGGCUUCAGUUCAGUACCCAUCCAGUCGUGGAAUGAUGACGAUGACGACGACGACGACGACAUCCCGGAAUGGCAACCACAAGCAGCAGCAGCAGCCUCAAGGCAUCGAAUGCCUCCUCCCUCGCACUUGCAGCAGCCUGUGCGCAGGCUCGGGCAGCCGUCGCUGAGGCCUCAUUAUGUGGUGAACCAACAGCAGCAGCAUCUGGGGCAGUUGUCCCAGUUGGGUGCUAACCAGCAGACCGUGGGGGGCCGCCUCCCCUUAAAUGCAAAUCAACAAGGGACAUGGUGGGUUCCUCAGCAAGGCCACAACAACAACCCCAUCAAUAUACAUUCUUUUAGCAAUUUAGGUGGUAGUCAUAGUGGUAGUGGUCAGUUUUAUGGAGCAUUUGGGCGAUCAACGCCUUCCAACCCUUCAAAUAACAGAGGGUUUUGAAUUUUUCCUUCGUUUAAAGGCAAAUUAUUUGUUUAUUUGUU